AUGCGAGGUUUGAUUAUGUUUGAGCUUUUGGCAUUGAUGAUGGUGUUGGAGAAGGUACAAGGCCACAUGGUGAGUACAUCCGUGGAUUCAGGGGGUGAUGACUCCCCGAUAGAACGUCGUCGUCGGACCUGCGCGUAGCUUGCGCCAUGUGACAGGAUGCUGACUGUGCAUUACCCCUACUCUUCAAUUGACCACAUUGGUAUAUUGUACCUUCCAAGACUAUCUGGUAAGUGCUUCACCCACCCCAUUCCUUAAUCUCCUUGCCACUCGUCAGGCCGAAUCCACAGCCCCUGUCCCGUGGGAUCCACCCACGAGUUCUGAUCGGGGUCACCUCUUCCCUUCUCACCUCGACGUCGCAGGAGUAAAUCCAUGUACGGCGUCGGCAAAGACUUUAAAUUCGUCGUACCCGGUCAACCUUGUGACCCGAUCGGCCCGGAUUUGAAAACUCGAGAUGAGUGGUGGUUCAGGUGAGCAUCUGAUCAUGCCGUCCACUCUCCCCAACAAGCGCACCGAACAACCCUUCGCCCCCCUCUCGUUCAUAGAGGCCCCGCAUACCGAGCCCUGCCCCCUCCUGAAGGCGAAGUGACUGAACUGAUCGCCGGCAAAUCCGUAACGUUUGAAAUUUCGUGCCACGUCGCUUGGACCUCCUUCGGAUGGAGUACGACCAAACCUGGCAGUCAUUUGGAUGCUUGUCCCGGCAAUCCUGGUAUGUCCUACCUUUUUCAUCGCAGCAAGUUCAAGUGAGAUUAUUUGAGUUGAUGAGGGUGUGUUCCAUUCGCAGGGGCCUACCACGCAGGAGACCCUUUGAAAGACUCUAUCGACGAAAGCCUUCUCUCAGGCUGCGCAUUGGCCAUCGCGGACGUGGACGAUAUUGAAAAGGUCACACCGGAUAACCUCGUCAUUUUUAGUGUUCAGUCUCAGUGUAUAAAACAGAAGAUCACGUCUUUUGAGGUGAGGUCAAGAGUGUUGAGGCAGGGUUUGAGAUCCUUUCGCUGAUUUAAGAUUUGCGACGGGAUGUACGCGGUAGGUCCCUGCUGCGAUGCCUCCGUGCAAGGGGAAGAAAUGUAUUUGUGGUUGGUAAGUGCCUUUCGUAUCAAUCCUUCACAUGAUUCGCCGCGUAUGUCGUAUCCUGGAUCGCUAAAAUCAUUCGUUUCACCACGCCGCCCGUGACAGGUUCUGGUAAGUGCUCAGCAACCAAAGGAGCUUCAGCCGAGGAAAUGAUCGUAAUCAACACUGACUUGAUUCGCUCUCCACCAGGCUCGCCAAUACCGGCACCGUAAAUUUCUACAUGAGUGAGUUUCACAUAAAACAAAAAACCAAAAAACCCCGAGCUCCCCGCACUAAGCACCGGACUUGAACCGAAAAAAAAAAACCCUAACUCAACCGAACCUUCGCUCCUGUCCUCUUCCUCAGCCGCCUUCGACUGCGCCGUCACCAACCCUUCCCCCACCUCGAUCCGUCCGAUCCAAUUUCCCCUUUCGGACCCUUACAUGUGCGAAAAUUACCUUCAUAACCAAACUUGUAUCCAAGUUCAACAGAAAUACGCCAAGAGGCCUAUUUACGCUUAUAAUGAACCGCAGAACGUGAAGUGGGUUUCGAAUGAGGAUCGAGCGGGCUAUCAUGAGAAAUGGGGGUGGGUCGAUGGGGCGCAGGAGGGGAUCUUUGGGGAAGGGAAAGGGGAAGGGAUGGGGGAUAGUGAGAGGGGUAGGGGUGUGGCGAUCAAAGGGGAUGCGAGGACUGCGAUGUCGAUGGCUGCGACGACGAUGGCUGCGACUGGGAAGGCGACGAUUACGUCGACGUCGACGAAAGUGGAGAAGACUACACCGAAGCCGGCAGCGACGAGGGCGACGACUACAAUUCAAGUCCAACAUCGAAACGCACCGUCAGCUCAUCGUACUCCCGAGCCUCAGCGCGUCAAGUGCAAGAAGAACAAGUCGAAGCACGUCGCCACCGUUUCAAAGCUGAAAUUGAUGAUGAUGAUGACGACCGACUCGGCCAGGGCCAAGCCAAGAACCAAGCCCAAGUCCAAGUCCAAGCACCACAACCACACCAAGCAAAAUCAUCACCGACACACCAAACAAGGCAAGCCUAAGAGGAGCAGCAAGACGCAGGGACGCCGUCAAUCGAGCAAGACUGGUCGACCCAAGCUACGGAUGACCUCCUUUCUUUGA